AUGAAAAAGCUCAUAUUCACAGCAACCAUAUUGCUAUGGCAGAUGGUAAUGGGAUUGACUCCCGCCGAGUGGCGGAGUCAAUCGAUCUAUUUCCUGUUGACGGAUCGUUUUGGACGCACUGACAAUUCGGUCACUGCUAACUGUAACGUUAAUGACAGAGUGUAUUGUGGUGGCACUUGGCAGGGAAUUAUCAACCAGUUGGACUAUAUCCAGGGAAUGGGCUUCACUGCCAUCUGGAUUACACCAGUGACAAAACAGCUCUCCCAAAACACUGGCGAUGGCACAUCCUAUCAUGGGUACUGGCAGCAAGAUAUCUACAAUGUCAAUCCAAACCACGGUACAUCCGAUGAUCUGUUAGCACUCUCGAAGGCAUUGCACGCCCGAGGCAUGUACCUCAUGGUUGAUGUCGUGGCAAAUCAUAUGGGCUAUGCCGGGGCCGGAAACAAUGUGGAUUACAGUGUUUUCACGCCCUUCAACUCUGCUUCUUACUUCCACUCUUACUGUUUGAUCAGUAAUUACAAUGACCAGUCUAAUGUCGAGAACUGUUGGCUUGGCGACACUACUGUCUCGUUGCCAGAUCUUGAUACAACGCAGAGUUCAGUCCAGACCCUUUGGAACAACUGGAUCUCCGACCUAGUGUCCAAAUACUCCAUUGAUGGACUGCGUGUCGAUACCGUGAAGCAUGUUCAGAAGUCCUUCUGGCCUGCCUUUAACCGUGCGGCAGGUGUCUAUAGCGUUGGAGAGGUCUUUGAUGGAAGUCCAUCGUACACUUGCGAUUAUCAGAAAUAUAUGGAUGGUGUCUUGAAUUAUCCAAUGUAUUACCCAUUGCUACGUGCGUUCCAAAGCACCAGCGGCAGUAUUAGCGAUCUGUAUAACAUGAUCGGUACCUUGUCGUCAACUUGUGCCGAUUCAACCCUAUUGGGCAAUUUCAUCGAGAAUCACGACAAUCCACGUUUCCCAAGCUACACAAGUGACUACUCACAAGCAAAGAAUGUUCUUUCGUUCCUCUUCUUAUCGGAUGGUAUUCCGAUUGUGUAUUCUGGCCAGGAACAGCACUAUAGUGGAGGAAGUGACCCAGCCAACCGCGAGGCUCUCUGGCUGUCGAAGUACUCCACCACAGCAGAGUUAUACAAAUAUAUUGCGACUACAAACAAAAUCCGCAAAGCGGCCGUCGCGGCAGAUUCCAGCUAUAUCACGAGCAAGAAUGUCGCCUUCUAUCAAGACAGCCAUACAUUAGCCAUGAAGAAGGGAUCGGGCAGUUCGCCAGUCAUCACAGUCCUUUCCAACGCCGGGUCAUCUGGAUCUUCCUACACUUUGUAUCUGAGUGGAAGCGGGUAUUCAUCCGGCACCCAGCUUAUGGAAUUGUACACCUGUACAUCUGUAACGGUGGAUUCUAGCAACAAAAUCGCAGUGCCAAUGGCAUCUGGAUUACCACGAGUGUUUGUUCUCGCAUCAUCCGUGAGCAACAGCGGGCUUUGCGGCUCAUCUACCCCAACUACCACAGCCACCACAGCCACCACGGCGACUCAAACCACUACAGCAACCACUACAGCGGGAGGUUGCACCCAAGCCACUGCCCUGCCGGUCUUAUUCAAGGAGCUUGUGACUACUUCUUAUGGCCAGGAUAUCUACAUUUCAGGCUCCAUCAGCCAACUCGGUACCUGGGACACCAGUAAAGCCGUUGCACUGUCUGCAGAUAGCUACACUUCUUCCAAUCCCUUAUGGCAGGCAACAAUCACACUCCCCGUCGGCACCACGUUCCAGUAUAAAUUCAUCAAGAAGGCAAACGGAGCUAUCACUUGGGAAAGCGAUCCUAAUCGAUCAUAUACGGUGCCAACUGGGUGUUCUGGAAGUACAGCCACUGUGACGGCGAGCUGGAAAUGA